AUGAAUGGUCACUCGUUCACAAACUACACAGGAUUGUAAUCAUGAACCAACAAAAAGUACAUCCUGGACAAGAUGGGUCACAGCCACCAGCAUAUACUAACCAACCACCAGCACUGCCACCAGGAUUACCUCAAGCCAAUCAACAACAAUGGAUGCCGGCCGUAGGUGCUGCUGCAGGGUGUCCGUCGGGACUGGAAUACUUAACACAGAUUGACUCAGUUAUAAUCAAACAGCAAGUUGAUUUAAUUGAGGCCUUUGUUGGCUGGGAACAGGCAAACAAAUAUCAAAUAACCAACAACCAAAACCAACAGAUCUACUUUGCUGCUGAAGAAUCAUCUAUGCUACAGAGACAAUGUUGUGGACCAAGUAGAGGGUUCACUAUCCACAUAACAGACAAUAUGAACCAGGAAGUAUUACGGCUAGUAAGAGAUUUUAAAAUGUUUGCUGGAUGUUGCUGGUGCGCAACCGGAAGCUGCAACUGUUGCGCACACGAAGUGCGUAUUGAAGCACCCAUUGGUCAUGUAAUUGGAUACGUACGGCAAGAACAGAGUUGCUGGGCUCCAAGAUUCACAAUUAAAGAUGCCGACCACAAUGAUAUACUGAAAAUAAAUGGUCCCUGCUGUGUACUCAGUAUGCCAUGCUGUGAAGAUGUUUUUAUGCUUAAGAAUCUAGAAGAAACAUCAGACAUUGGAAAGAUUUCGAAAAAACCAGGAAUGGCAGAAUUAUUUACUGAUGCAAAUACAUUCGGAGCUAACUUUCCCAUGAAUCUUGAUGUGAAAGCAAAGGCAUGCGUUAUGGGAGCAGUUUUCUUGAUUGAUUUCAUGUUCUUUGAAGGAGCUGGUAACAAAAUGAUGAGUUAUAACUAGAAUCAUAUGUAAAAGUGAAGGACUCUCACUUAAUACUCUUAAUUACUGUCAAGUUGAAUUUAAUAUAUUUAUUUUGAACUAGUGCUUGGUAUUUAUUCUGUAAAAUGCAUGAAUACUCCGCUGUUCCAAUAAAGAUGAUUGUCUAGAGCAUAGAAAUGUUUUUCUUUAUAUUCAAUUCAAAAGUGACAUAAAAAUCUUUAUGAAGAUUCAUAUACGCAUAUGCAGGGAAUGUCCAUGUUUUUUGCAGUGAUCAAAUUUAAUUUCGGUUAUAAUGGAUUCAACAUGGACUUUAUUUGGAAUAUAUAUUCAAAAGAUGCCGAUGCUCAAAUAUCUCAUACUAGUACCUCAGUAACGACGAUCAUUAAAGUAGAAAUAGUUAGAAUCACAAGAACUUUAAGCGGAUGAAGACCAAGUGCGUUGACAGGAUCAGUAACAUCUGCUAUCAUAUGCAUACAGGAGCAUAGGAGUGAGACAUAGUGCGUCGGCAUGGUCAACCCGAGUAAGCAAUUGAACAGUCAAUCAUUACGUUUCGGCUGUGGUAGACGAUUUGUUAUUCCAUGCGUUUAAUUAGUUAUUCACAAUAAUUUAAAAGCUAUGACAUGUGCUAUAAUUUUAAUGUAAAUGCCAGUGUAAUGCUAAGUUUUUUGUGUUUCUAUGGUCAAUCUGCUGUAGAAUGUUUAAACCAAAUAAAAAUCCUCUAGCUGGGUCGCACAAUUAG